ACGGACGCUGCCCGACCCGCCGCCGGACCCGCCGCCGGACCCGCCGCCGGACCCGCCGCCUUCCCACCGACCGCGGGCGCAACUUCCAACUUUGGAAGAAGAAUCUGAACUACAACUCCCAGCAUGCUCAGCGCGAUGGACGGGCGCAUUGCGGCUGCUCCGGCAAAGCGGCCCGCCAUUGGAUAAUCCCGUGGUGCGAGGCGACCAAUGAGGCGGCGGGGUACUGGUGGGUGCUUGUCGAGGCCUUUGCGCCUGGCGAAGCCUGGGGAGUGAGUGCGGCCAUGAGCGUCCUGCGGGCGGCGGCGGGGCGGUGCAGGUGGUUCCCAGUGCAGUACUCGGUUCCCGCUGUCUCCCUCAGUCCCAGCCAACGCGAGGUCUGUAGUUGGGCCCUCUCGCGGACCUCUGGCCUCCUGACACUGAACCCUGCGGCAGGGCUGCAAGUGGAGGCGGCCGGCUGCCUCACCGCCUGGCUCUUCCCUUGGAGCCAGCAACAGGUCCGGACGAAGAAGCGGGGUACAGAGUACCAGCCAAAGACCAUCAAGCGGUUACGGACCCACGGCUGGCAGAAGCGGGUCAGCACCCGCGGUGGCAUCGAGGUGAUUCUGCGCAGGAUGCUGAAGGGAAGGGCGUCACUGACCCACUGAUCGUCACGUGAACCCACACAGGGGUCCGACUGGGAACAGACGAGCUGUCACUCUGUACUCUGCCCAUGCUGUACAUAUUGUAAUAAACUGGUUGGGCUGAA